AUGAAGAAAAUCAGCUGGUUCACCGCCUGGCAUGUCCUCGCUCUCACGACUACUGUAACUGCAAUGCUCCAUCCAGAUUGCGACAUCGCAUCGGAGAUAAGGCGGGCGAAGAAGGAAUGUUUGCGAAGAAUUCGGGAGAUUGGAAACUCAUCGGUCUCAGGCUGCAACAUGACCUGGGAAAAUGCUCUGUGCUGGCCAAGUGCCGAACACGGAGAGACCAUCAGCGUGUCCUGUCCCGCGGUCUUCCUAUACUUCAGUCCCGUGUUAGAUACAAGACUGAACAUACUUCUCUCCUUGCAGGUCUGGUACUUCAUUACAAUACAAACAAUCUACACUGUGGGCUACAGUCUCUCGCUCAUUGUGCUCUCCAUUGCCGUGGUCAUUUUGCUGAUCUUCCGGAACCUACACUGCAAUCGGAAUUACAUCCACAUCCAGCUGUUCAUCUCUUUCAUCCUCCGGAGUUUGUCUGUGAUGAUCAAGGAUGCCGUACUCUUUGGCAACGCCAACACUGACCACUGUGACCUCUCCACGGUGGGCUGCAAGGUAGCAGUUGUGUUCUGCUAUUUCUCCACGAUGACAAAUUACUUCUGGUUGUUGGUGGAGGCUCUGUAUCUCAACCUGCUGCUGCUGGUCACGUUCUCCUACGACCGAGGUUACAUGUGGUGGUGGAGCCUGCUGGGUUGGGGUGUUCCAAUUGUGUGCACGGCAGCCUGGGUGGUCACUAAAUUGCAGUUUGAGAACACAGAGUGCUGGGAUGUUAUAGAAGACUCUCCAUAUUGGUGGAUUGUCAAAGGACCAAUUGUGGCCUCUGUUGCAAUCAAUUUGGUGCUUUUUGUUAACAUCGUCAGGAUCUUGGUUCAAAAACUGAUUCCCAGAGAGCUGCAUCUGGCCAAUUCCUUGCAGUACAGGCGUCUGAUGAAGUCCACCAUGCUGCUGGUUCCUCUGUUUGGGAUCCACUACAUUGUUUGUGCCUUUCCCCCAAACGGAGCAGUGCUGGCAAUAAAGCUUUACCUCGAACUCUGCAUCGGGUCAUUUCAGGGUAGAGGAUUCUAA